AUGGAUAAACUCCGCGAGUUUCACACCAAACACCUCGUGUUGCAUCCUCGACCUGGAUCAUUCACCGCAGAAGGGGAUUCGGCCCGAUGGAGUAACGAGGACUUGGACCCCGUACCACAAGAAAAGAAGACGUGGGAAUGGUGGCAUGUCGGAGGUUUUUGGAUUGCCGAAGGGUUCAACCCUGCUCAGAUGCAGGUCCCUUCCAGCGCGGUGGUCAUGGGGUUGAAUCCCGGGUUGGCCAUGGUGGCCUGCCUGGUUGGAAACCUUCUCGUCACUGGCCCCGUGUGCCUCGUCGGCUGGCUGGGAAGCAAGUACUCGAUCCCAUUCCCCGUCAUCGCUCGAGCAUCCUAUGGUAUGAUCGGUGCAUAUUGGGCAAUGAUAAUCCGUGGCAUAUUCUGUGUCAUCCUUUAUGGAGUUCAAGCGACCCUCGGCGGUAACGCUGUCCGAUGUAUGCUUGAAGCCAUCUGGCCGUCUUUCGCCCAUUGGCACCUCAACAGUCUCCCGGCCAGUGCCGACAUUUCGGCUCCGGACCUACUCUGCUUCGCCUUGUUCUGGUUGGCUUCUUUCCCGCUCCUCUUCGUGCCCAUGUCUUCACUACGUUGGGUGUUUGCGGUCAAGAUCGCCAUCAUGCCCUUCUUCUACGUCGCCCUCUUCACCUGGGCUUUGACGGCGGGUCACGGCGUGGGACCAUUGUUUUCCAUCCCCACCAAGAUCACGAGUGGUUGGUCGGUCGGGUACGUCUUUUGUUCGACCAUCUUGGCCACCAUAGGGGGAAAUGCAAGUGAGUGUGCACGCAGUUCGGGCCGGCCCCUGAUCAAGUUCUUCAAGGUUGAUCUGACAAAAUGGGAAUCCACAGCAUUUGCUGUCAAUAUGGCAGACAUUACCAGAUAUGCAAAGAACCCACGAAGCGCUGCCAUCGCACAAGCAUUUGCGUUGCCAAUCUGUAUCACGAUGAUUGAGUUGCUGGGAGCAAUCAUGGCGGCAACUGCUCAAGUCGUCUAUGGCGAGGUUCUAUGGAAUCCUCUGACGAUCAUCCUUCUCUGGAACAAUAGAGCUGCCAAGUUCUUUGCAGGAUUUCUUUUUGCCUUUGCGACCAUUGCAACAAACGUCACGGGAAACAGUAUUCCAUUCGCACACGACAUCAUGGGUAUCUUUCCACGUUAUAUGAACGUCCGACGAGGUCAAGUCCUCUGCGCCAUUCUAGGAUUCGCCAUGAACCCAUGGGUCAUACAAGCCCGGGCUUCUCGUUUCUUCAACUUUGUCGGUGGAUACUCGAUAUUUCUCGGACCCUUGGUUGGAAUAAUCCUUUGUGAUUACUUUCUCGUAAGAAGGUCCAAGCCGUACAACAUGUUCCACCUGUAUCGAACAGAAGGACUAUACUGGUACUGGAAGGGUUGUAACCUUCGAGCACUCUCGGCGUGGCUCGUCGGUGUGAUUCCUCUGCUGCCAGGACUGAUUCACAACAUCAACCCGAACAUCAAGAUGGGUAGAGGUAUUGUCGAGUUUUUCACCAUGGGAUGGCUGGAUGGAUUGGUGGUUACAGCAAUCACCUAUUACUUACUGUGUCUGGCUUUCCCCGUCAAGACCGUCGUCGAUGAUGGAUCUGAUGUUGUUAUUGAAGCGAAGGACGAAGAGUCGAUCAGACAGGUUCCGGCCACGGAAAAACCAGUUGACGUUGUGGGGGCCAAGGAGAUAUGA